AUGACGGACGCUGGUUUCUUUAAGGGCACUAGCGCUGAACAGGAUGCAAGGUUUUCAGAUAAAAAGAAAAAGCUCAUGAAAACAAUGAAGUUUGGUGAAAAUCUGUCACAAAAGGUAAACUUCAACCUGGACUGCAUCAAACCGUGGAUAAUCAGACGUAUAACUGAGCUUUUGAAUUUUGAAGACGAAGUGGUGUGGGAUUACGUUCUCAACCAGCUGGACGAACGGUACCCGGAUCCUAAGGAAAUUCAGAUCAACAUUACUGGCUUUCUAAACAGCAAAAAUGCACGCAUUUUUCUGUCGGAGCUAUGGGACCUACUGCUUUCCGCGAUGCAAAACCCGGAGGGUGUUCCGGCUGCCCUCGUGGAGGCUAAGAAAGCGGAAAUUGCUAAUCGUCAGGUUCGUUCACUUACCGGUUUGAGAUGGCCCUACGUUGAACCCGAUCAAGAAAAGAGGGAUGGACGAGGCUCCAACACACGUGACUGUAGUAUUCAAGUGUGGAGCGAGUCUGAACAUUGUAAAGCGAGAGGAGGUGAAUGGAAGGGGGGGGGGAAGAAGUUUGGCUCGAAAAACAGCCGAUUUGAUGACCAUAAAGAAGAUAACCAAAGUCACAAUAGGCUGCACGAACAUGGGCGGAGAAUGGUCGAGUUAAAAUUGAAUGAAGGGAAGAAAUGCGUGUUCAGGAGAAAUUGA